AGGUUUUAUCGUAUCUUUUUUGUGGUAGAUGUGACAGCUUUGCUAUGAAAUUUGUUGUGUGUGGUGGUGGUAUAAGUGGACUUGCCUCUGCUUAUUAUUUAAACAAAGCAUUGGCUCGUACCACUUCUAAACCAUACAAGAUAUUUCUUAUUGAAAAGUCAACAAAUGUUGGAGGGUGGAUGAAAACAAAUGUAAGGAAUGGUGAUAGAAAGGUAUACCAAGGUGCAAUAAAUGAGCGUGGUCCACGCAGUGUAAGAACUGCAGGGUUGGUUGGCAACAAUACUCUGCAAUUAAUUUCAGAUAUUGGAAUGGAAUCCAAUGUUAUUCCUGUGAGAUCUGAUGACAUUGCGGCGAAACAAAGACUCCUCUACGUUAAUAAAAAGUUACAUAUCUUACCAAACAGUCUGUUAUCUGCAUGUAAGAAGCAACAACCAUUUUCUAAUUCAUUGGCAAGAUCUUUUGUUGGGGGUUUGUUGAAAAAGGUUCCACCAAGUUAUGAAACAAUGAGUGAAAUUUGCAGUGAAAGGUUUGGACGCGAAGUUGCCGAUUAUUUGGUCAGUGCAUUUGUGAGAGGGGUGUUUGCCGCUGAUUCAAAACAAUUAAGUAUGAAAGCUGCAUUUCCACCAUUGUGGGGUAGACUGGGACCAAGAGAGGCACAAAUGCCCAGAAGGCCGACUCUGAAGAAUCCAGAUCUAUUUAAUAAAAGCUUAAAAUCAAAUCCUUUUAUCAAACGAGCUAAACGUGAAAAAUGGACGCAGUGGGGAGUUGAUAACGGCUUCUCGUAUUUGACCGAUAAUCUUGAGCAACAACUUGCCCAAGUAGAUAACAUAGAAAUAAUAAAAUAUACAAAUAUUGAUGAAAUAAUGAUGCAGAACAACGGGAAAAUGAUGAUGUCCACUACGACAAUUAGAAGAGGUGAAUAUACAACCGAACAAAUUGAGAAUAUUGAUCACACGAUAUCUGCGCUACCUUCUUAUGCUCUCAGUCGAAUACUGAAGAAUUCCAACAAACAAUCUAAUAUUCAAAUGUCGAGUAAUAACGAGUUUGUUUCUUCAACACUUGGUAUAAUGCUUAGUCAUAUUAAAUGGGUAGAUGUCGGGGUAGUAAACGUGGAAUUCUCUGGAAAACCAAAUGAAAUUCUUCCCCAUGUUGGUUUCGGACAUCUAGUGCCAUCUAGUGAGCCUUCCAGUGUUCUCGGGAUUGUUUAUGAUUCUUGUGCAUUCCCACAACAUGAUAGGGUAAACAUGCCAACCACUAGAAUGACUUGUAUGAUGGGAGGCUCAUGGUUCCGGGAAUUAUUUGGUGAACCGAAUCUUGUUUCAAAUCAAACGUUAGAAAGUGCAGCAUUGGGAAGUAUAUCUCAACAGCUUGGUAUACAUGAGGACCCAAUGAACGUUGACACAACAUUAUGCAAAAAAUGCAUUCCAACAUACAGAGUUGGCCACACGGAUCUUGUUGAAAAUAUUGAAGAUUUUAUAUCGGAACACGAUGUACCUCUGUCAUUGGUUGGUGCAUCGUAUUGGGGGGUCAGCAUAAACGAUUGUAUUUUUAACAGCCGAGUAGCUGUCAACAAUAUCCUUAAAAAAUACAAGCUUUCUCCGUAAAGUGAAACUUCAAAGUAUUCAUACUUAGCACUGUGAGGAUUAACCUAUACUUAGUGAGAGUAUGCAAUCAUAUCAUUAUGUGCUUCUGAAAUUAAGUCUAAAAGACAUAAUUGUGAUUUGCCAAACGUGAUUUGCAAUUGUCUUAGUUGACCUGUUCUACAACUGUUGACCUUCGCAUGUAAGUUUUUCAAUACUUGUUUUUGCAGUAAUUAUAUUGAAAUUUAUGUAACUGUGUAUACAUAUACGCAUUAAUAUAGUUGGAUGGGAUAGAUGGGACACCUCUAGCACAUAAUAUCCAAAUAUAGAUCGUUUUUUAACCAAUUUACAACGGUGUAUGAGAGUCGUGAAGAUACUGUUUUAUAAUUAUUUAAAUGUUUUUUGUUUACUACCAGAUGUGACGGGAAAAUGAAAAGGUGUCCCAUCUUUCCUAUCCUACUAUAGCACUUUGUAAAAUGCCUCCUGGUGAUUGCAUUUAAAACAUCUUUGUAUAUUAAAAAAAAUAUUUUUGUGUGCUUUUAAUAUGGCUUGAUGGCCAAAUACAACACAAAUUAUCUAUUCA